AUGGACAUCGACAUCAUCGACAUCCGGACGCUGGGCUAUCUCUCCAGCACGAGCACGGUUGUGUCUGCGUCGGCGAUCGGUAACCUAACCUCGGUGAACCAAACCGACGGGAGCGGUGAUGGCAGCGGGCGAGUGCCGGGAGGUGCCAGUGGGCCCGGCCUCGGUGCCGGGGGCGCCGGAGAGGACACCGAUGAUGACGAUGUUGAUGUUCUGUCGCCCCUGUCGAUGUCGUUUCUUGGCGUAUUCCUUUCGAUUGUGAUAUUUCUCUCGGUAGCGGGUAACAUUCUGGUGUGUAUAGCCAUCUACACGGAGCGGAGCUUGCGGCGCAUCGGCAACCUGUUCCUGGCGUCGUUGGCCAUCGCCGAUCUCUUCGUUGCAUCGCUCGUAAUGACAUUCGCCGGUGUCAACGAUCUGCUCGGCUACUGGAUAUUCGGGGCCCAGUUCUGUGACACCUGGGUCGCGUUCGAUGUGAUGUGUUCGACCGCUUCCAUCCUGAACCUGUGCGCCAUCUCGUUGGAUCGAUACAUACACAUCAAAGACCCGUUACGAUACGGUCGCUGGGUGACCCGUCGGGUGGCGAUAGGCACGAUAGCAGUCAUCUGGCUGCUUGCCGCCCUGGUUUCGUUUGUACCGAUUUCGUUCGAUCUGCACCGGGACAAACGGGACAAGACGGACAUGUCGCUCAAAAUCAACGGGGUGAAGUACGAGACGUGUGCCCUCGAUCUAACACCAACCUACGCCGUUGUUUCUAGUUGUAUAAGUUUCUACGUACCUUGUAUAGUAAUGAUCGGUAUCUACUGUAGAUUGUACUGCUACGCCCAAAAGCACGUCAAAUCGAUACGGGCCGUCACUCGACCCGGUGAGAUAAGCGAGAAGCGCUAUCGCAGUAUACGAAAGCCCAAGAGCUCGAAGAACAAGUUAAAGCUUCGCCAGCUAGCGCACCACGCUUCGUCGCCCUACCACGUGUCCGAUCACAAGGCAGCGAUCACCGUGGGGGUCAUCAUGGGCGUGUUCCUAAUCUGUUGGGUGCCGUUCUUUUGUGUAAAUAUUAUUGCUGCAUUCUGCAAGACUUGCAUCGGCCAGCAAACGUUCAAGGUCCUGUCCUGGCUGGGGUACUCCAACUCGGCGUUCAAUCCAAUCAUCUACUCGAUCUUCAACACCGAGUUUCGGGAGGCCUUCAAGCGCAUCCUGACGACUAGGAGCUCCUGGUGCUGUGGGCAGGAAAUGGGGAACAUUUAUCCUCGCAGCAGCGACCGAUACGUAACGGACUAUGCCGCGAAGAAUGUGGUAAUGAACUCGGGACGGUCGUCCGCCGACCUCGAGCAGGUGUCAGCAAUUUGACCUUACUAAGCAACAUCAACAACCGCAGGACAAGCACUACAGCACCCCGAUCCCCGGCCUGUUUUCGAUACGCAA